AUGAAGAUACUGUCACAGUUAGCUGUGAUUUUUCGAGUUUAUUACAUUGUUGUAACAUAUUCUUCUACAAAUGCAUUAAAUGAAGACAUCAAAAAAUCAUACAUAAUUUAUAAUCUUUCCGGCCAACCUGGACAAGGCUAUUAUAUAACAUUGUAUGCCGGUACUCCAGAACAAAAGGUAAACCUACUUGUCGAUACUGGUAGCAGUAAUAUAGCUAUUGCUGGUGUUAAUCUAACCAAUGUAGACAACUGGUUUAAGCCAAAUCAAUCGCCUACACUACAAUGCUCUGAUACAAUACAAAACGUUCGUUAUGAAAAAGGCUAUUGGUAUGGUAUCAAUUGUCAAGAUUAUUUUCACUUUGCUAACCAUCAAAGUAAGUCAUUUAGAAUGGACAGCAAUAUUUCCUUAUCCAAGCGUCUAUUUAAUAUUAUCAUUUUACAAUAUAUUUAA